CCCGCGAGCGACGUUGUGCUAUCGGCGGCUGUAAAACGGCGGUGACGCCUCAAGUAGUCCAAGAUGGCUCGCUGAUCACAUGACAGCUUCUGCAUUUUAGUGGCACCAAAUGACCAAAUGAAUGGCAUAAACACACUUUAGGUCUUUAAGUGAGCCACCGAGGCGGUCUUUGUGUUCUUAUUUCAAGCAACGUCUUGCGUGCGUGGCGCAACAUUGACUCUAACGUGACUUUUUCGUGUUGGUGAAGUGGAUAGCUCGCUGUGCUAACACGCAAAUGCAGCAGACUGACGUCAUCUAACGUCAUAAUUUGCUUCGUUAACUGCUCAUUUUGAUUGCUAAUUGGGAUUUAACGUGUUCGAAUGUCUCAUAUGAAUACUAGACAAUACGGGUGGGCAGACUAUGGCCUGUUAUGUUGUUAUUCAGGUUCCUUCAAAUGUAUUUAUUCACUUUUUUGUUUGUAUGCACGUAUGUCGGUAAAUAAUCUUAUUGCGUGUAUUUAUGAAAUUGUAAGAUUAAAGUUAGGGAUAGGGGAGUACCGAUACUAGGUAUCUGUAUAGGGCAGAUAUCGGAUACGCGUGAAGACUGCUGACACCAGCCACUGAUACUUGAGACAAAACCCCCCCAAAACUGACGAAGUCCUCCUCACCAGUAGUUGGCGCUAUACUGCAGCCGUUUGACAAAUCGGUGACUCGUGCUUCAGAAAGAAAGGUCUCUGUUGACAAUGUCAUUGUGUUCAUUGAAAUUUGAUGCAUUAAAGUACGUGUGCUAGUAUCGGUCUUUUGUGAGCUGGCCAAUCGUCUGUUUAAAAAACAAAGUUUUUCCCUGUUAUGCCACAAUCACUAACGAUUAACGAUUAACAACUGAAUCAAUCACAUCACAUUUUUCACAUAUUUUGUCUGCCGGUUUACGUUUAAUUUCUAAUUUGAAUUUCCCCCCUCUUGUCCCAACUGUUUGCCUUUUUCUCUCUUUAUCCAACCCCUCCACGCCAUUUUUUUGUUUUGUGUUGUAAUAAUGAUUCCUUCCUUGUGUCAUUCUAUCCGCGAUGCACAUUCCACACUUCUUCCAUCCCGCUUUCGUGUCUCCAAUCAACCAGGCUGUUCACCGGUUGGUCCUGGUGUUAGGCGACCUGCACAUCCCGCACCGCUGCAACACGCUGCCGGCCAAGUUCAAGAAGCUUCUGGUGCCGGGAAAGAUCCAACAUAUCCUCUGCACGGGAAAUCUGUGCACCAAGGAGAGCUACGACUACCUGAAGACGCUCGCCGGCGACGUCCACAUCGUACGCGGGGACUUUGACGAGAACCUGAACUACCCGGAGCAGAAGGUGGUGACGGUGGGCCAGUUCAAGAUCGGCCUGAUCCACGGCCACCAGGUGAUCCCGUGGGGGGACAUGGCCAGCCUGGCGCUGCUGCAGCGGCAGCUGGACGUCGACAUCCUCAUCUCGGGACACACGCACAAGUUCGAGGCCUUCGAGAACGAGAACAAGUUCUACAUCAACCCCGGCUCUGCCACCGGAGCCUACAGCGCGCUAGAAAGCAACAUCAUCCCCUCGUUCGUGCUGAUGGACAUCCAGGCGUCCACGGUGGUGACGUACGUCUACCAGCUGAUCGGAGACGACGUCAAAGUCGAAAGAAUCGAGUACAAGAAGUCUUAAAAAGCAGCUCCUGCUGCUGUUCCAUUCCUUUCCACUCGGGGGCGAUGUCUGCCCUGUAUUAUAUUGAUACGUUUUUUUGUUUUGGCUUGUAUUGGAGUUUAAUCAUUCUACUGAAUACAAAACAUGUUUCACGUGCUAACUUAGCAACAACCUUUAGCUUCCUUUCUUUCCACUUCACACAACUUUGUUCCAACUUCUCUUUGUUUUCAAUUAUGCAAUCAACAGCAAAUUUAUUUCUUUUAGUAGUGUUUCUGUGAUCAUAAAAUGGCAACCUCCAAAGUUGGAAUUGUAAAGCAUUCUCUGCCAGGCCAUCUUAAAACCUUUGAAUAAAAUUCUGAUGUUACUGACUUGGAAGUCAUACCCCAUAAUUAAAUGACGUUCUAAAUUAAUCUGUUCCAAACUUUGGCCAUCAUUAAAACAUUUUUAUGGCA